AUGGGUGACCCGGGCGCCGGGCGCGCUGCGCCCGCUCCGCUGCAGGAGAUCGCCAGCAGAAUCUCUGACCUCAGCAAGUGGAGGGAAAUCUUUAGUUCCUGUGGCUUGGAAAUCAACAGCACGACUCAUCAGCAAGGACCGAGCAGCGCUGGCCCCGGCCCGCCCGGAGCCGGGGAGUCCCCGGGGUCACAGCCCCCCUCCACCGUGCCCCGGCCCCUCCUGCUCCCUCGGGGCACGGGCGGCUGCCCCAUCUCCCCGGACACGGCCAUGAGGCUGCAGCGGCUGCUCUUCGGCAGCACGGCGCCCCUCUUCAGCUGCGAGUGGGCAGCAGCGCGCUUCAGCUUCCACCCGCCGCGCUCCCACCUGGCCUACGCGCUGCAGGCAGGACAGGGAGGAACAAGAGCCAUUCUGGCAGCUGUACAAGCACACAUCAUCACAUUCCUGCUCUUCACAAGAGAGACAGAAUGUACUCACCUGGAAAGGCUGUGCCGGCUCGGGCACAGGGAGCAGGGCCAGGCACUGGCCACGGCCCUGGCAGAGACCCUGUGGGCAGCAGGAGGAGGUGGCAGAGCUGUCGUGUGCCUCGUCACUGCCCCUGUCACCACGAUGCCACGUGAAGGCUGCAGGGCCGACAGCUUCACAGAGAGAAUCCGGCUGUUCGAGUUCUCGGAGAAAGCUGCUGCUCAGGAGUUCAUCUCUGAUCACAUAAACUGUUUCAAAGGUGAAGGAAGCCAUGGAGUGAUCCUAUUUUUAUACAGUUUACUUUUCUCUAGGACCCUUGAAAGGGUCCAAGAGGAUUUGGGUGAUGCAGCUCCUCUGUUGAACAUCAGUUCUGGAAAUAUCACCUGUACGGAGGUAGGAUCAGCCGCAUGUAUCAAGCGUUCUGGUUUUAUUAUUCCCACAUCCAGUUUAGGAAAAAAAAUAUCACUUGCCCGGCAUUGCCACAAGCUGGGAGCAGGCCAUGGCCUGCACGGGCGCUUGCCGGUGUGCCCGGUGCGAGCGGGCUGUUUCCCGCAGGCCGUGCUCAGCCUGCUCCUGACGGGCCGGGCGAGCCCACGGCAGCUCGGCGGCGGCGGGGAGCCGGAGCCCGGCGCUGGGGACGGCGGAGGCGGCGAGGCGGCGUGCCCGCGGGGCCGCGUGGGCUUCCUGCGCUGGGAGCGGGCGCGGCGGCAGCGGCAGGUGAGCCCCGGGCUGCGGACGCCCCGGCUGCCCGUGUGGCUGUGCAGCCUCUCGGGCAGGCACAGCGUGCUCUUCGGCACCGACAGCCGGCUGCUCUCCGACUGGAAAGCCGAGAGAAUUUUCCACCUGUACUUCUACAAUGGGCAGCAGGAGCAGACCCAAACUGCCCGCCUGACGAUAGACACUCAUUCGCAUCACUGGGAAGAGGCUCAGAGGGAAGGCCCCUGCAGCCCAGGGAGGAGGUGCCCAGCCCUGGAGAUGGCAAUCAGGACCAAGUGGCCAGGCGCGACCGUCAGCUGGAACGGGACAGACCCCUUCUUGUGAGGAGGGAGCAGGAUGGACCCCUGCUCCUGCCGGGCACUGCCAUCUCCCACACACUACCAGCUGCACUGGUCACUGCACUCUGGAGCACAAAAAGCUCUCUCCAGUCAAACAGCCUUUGGUGC